UCAUUGAUAUAGCCAAUCAGAAUUAGAAGAGCUGGAAUAGAAGGUGCUGGUCACUGCUGUAUUUUCUCUUUUACCAGUAAAAUCCAGUGCGUCUUGCCUGACUGUAAGAAUCUAUACAGGAAAAAUCAUACGAUUGCAAAAUGACUGCAUUAGCAAAUGGAGAGGAGGUAGAAUCAACCAAUCACAAGAAUGGUAAAACACCCCCAGUUAUGUAUCUACAAGCAGAACAAGAUGACUAYUCAACACAAAAAAUUGAAUCACAGAACUGCUGCAACAGACUGUUUUCUCCAAAUAUAAAAAACCUCAUUUAUCAAAUCUUUCAACUCAGCUGGGCUGUAAUUCUUGGAAAUCUCUUCACAUUUCUUGUAAAUACACAAUGUCUUAUCUUCUGUGGACAMCUUGGAGCAACAGAGCUAGCUGCAGGAUCUUUGAGCAAUACUAUUAUUAUGGUGUUUGGAAACUCAAUAGCAAUUGGCAUGACCACUGCUGUGGAUACAUUGUGUGCGCAAGCUUAUGGAGCAAAAAACUAUACACUUGUUGGUAUUGUUUUGCAACGAGGAGUAUUUAUUUUGGCUAUUACAGCAAUCUUAGUCUGUUCGUUAUGGAUGUUAACACAGCACUUUUUACUAUUUAUUGGAUUUGAAAGUCAUAUUGCASAGAUGAGUGACACAUUUAUGAUAAUAAUGCUACCAAUGGUCCCAGCAGAGUUUUUAGCACAGUUGCUUAUAAAAUACCUUCAAACCCAGGGGAUUGUACGACCUCUUGUUAUAAUUGGUGCUGUAACAAACAUAUGUGCUCUUGGUCUUUUCUUAUUAAUUGUGACAUACCUUAAACAGGGUUUUAGRGGUAUAGCAAUUGCUCUAAUGCUAGUCAGCUAUAUAAGAAUGGCUUUACUCUUGUUGUUUAUUAAGAUAAGGAAACUGCAUGAAAAGACAUGGAGAGGAUGGUCCACUGAAUGUCUUUAUGGCUGGAAACAGUAUUUAAGCCUUUCAUUUCCUGGUUUAUUAAUGAUAUGUAUGGAGUGGUGGACAUUUGAAAUUGGCUCAUUUAUUUUAGGAUCAUUUGGUGAAACCGUUGUAGCAACAUACGGCAUUAUGAUGCAGCUGACAAUGAUUUCAUUUAUGGUUCCGUAUGGGGUUUCUAUAUCUGCAAGCAUACUAGUAGGAAAUUUCUUGGGUGCUAACAAUCCUGAACAAGCUGUGCUAGCCACCAAACUAUCAAUGGCAAUGGGWUUGAUUUGCUCAUCCAUUGUUGUCAUUGUCAGCUUAACAUGCAGAAAGUACAUUGCAAUGAUUUUCUCUGAUGAUGAAAAAGUAAUCAACCUUUUUGUUUACGCCAUACCAAUGGUUGUUUUCUUUUUCAUCCARGAUUGUGUUCAGGGUAUUUGUUCUGGGGCAAUUCGUGGUUGUGGUCGACAAAAGAUUGGCAUGAUUAUAAAUUUUGUUAGCCAUGACCUKGUUGCGGUCCCGYUAUGUGUAGUCUUUGCCAUUGUCWUGAAUCAAGGCCUUUUGGGAGUAUGGUGGGGUAUUGGCAUUGGGGUCUUCAUACAGRSUUUUACUUAUGUUGUUUUCCUUUCYUGUACAAACUGGAAACGACAAUCAGAGUUGGCUGUAAGGAGGACAUCAAAGAGAUGGAAGAAAAAUCCAUUGGAAAAGACUCGAGAUUCAAAUGUGGAUGAUCAACUACUUGAUUCAAAACCAGAAAAGGGUUGUGAMRACAAUGAACAAGUUGAAGUCAAACAURGCAAUGGAGGUGCUAAGGGCUUACUGCAACAAGAACCUGAAGCAGAUGACCCUGCACUUGUUGUUGAAGAUUUCGACAGGCAAAUGCCAGACAGAAAGAUUACAGGAAAACUCGUCCUUAUUCGAGUUGUCCCRUUUCUCUUGUCCUUUCUCGUUUUAGGUGCAGCCCUUUCUGUUCGUUUCUUUGUCCCAUUACCUGUUGCAAACACAUUAUCAAUGGCAAAGAAUGAAAGCACACCAGUCAAUGGGACAUCUUUUUAGAAUUUCAAUAACAUGUGUACAAACUUUCCACAUGUGUAGGUGUUUUUUAAGGUUUUAUCUUAUUACUAGCAAGGUUUAUUGAUUGAUAGUUUGGUUAGAGUUGAGUAUGAUAGGGAUACUGUGCCUAGGCAUGAUCUCCACUAGGUUUUGCUUUAYUCUCCAUACUAUACCAAUAACCAAAUAAAUAAGGAACUCUUUUAUUAUUUAUAUGAAAAAUUUUGCAUUAACAUUGAAUUUAUAUUUAAAUUUUUUAUAUUUUAAGUUUUUGUACACAGGUAUCAGCUUGUACGAGUGUCUACAARUAUAGAAAUUGUGUAAAUAAUAAUUGUAAUUUACACCUGCGUGUAUUAAUGAAUUAUUGAUAUUAAUCAUACUUUAGACUAAAUUUUUCAAUGCUAUUGACAUGUUUUGGUUCUUGAAAAUUUCUAACUUUUUUGAAUUGUAUUUUGAAUUAUUUGAUUAUUACAAGGUAGAAAAAAAUGGUUUGUARUUCUAGAAUAGGAAAAAUAAUGGCAAAGAUAAAUAAGAUCAAGGAAACGAAAUGCAGAAUGCCUUUGAAAAUUAGAAUUUAUAUCAAAUGUAUAAUUAUAAUUUAGGGGAGAGGAAAAGAAAGAUUAUAACAUUGGUAAAGGAGUCAUUUUUUAAACUAUAUUUUAUUAUUGAAURUUUUGUAAGGUGAGACAAUUUUUAUGGGUUUUUACAGUGUCUUGUACAAUGGAUAGAGAGAAUGAAUGAAUAAACCUUAUUUUACCACAACUUGUUGAKUUAUAGCAUACAAAAUGGCUUUUCUUUCAUUAGCUGCCUACCAGAAUGUUAAGCAUGCAUGCUACUAGCCCUAUCCAUACUUCACCCCACACAGACUAGWAGACAUCCCUAUAGGUCACAAGGUUAUCUAUGAGUCUAAGCAAUGCAUGUAGACCAGACGUUUUCUGCACAAACAUUACUUCUCUCAAUACAUACAUCAGUACGGAGAACAAUGUGUCCGCCAUCUUGAAAAGUGAGAUCCGAAUCACUAUGUUGUGCCUUAGAACAAAUUUCGUAGUUGCUAAAGUCAACUACAUGUAAUCUACCAUGAUUAUAGUGCUACUUGCAUGAAAAUUGUCUUAUUUUAAAACUUCAAGCAAUACAAA